ACCAUCCAAAUAAAAAAAGAGUGCAAAAGUGCUUAAAAUUGGAAGGCAGUCCUGGCAUUUCUCCGACGCGCAUCUCAGCUUCUAACCCACAAAAUCAUGCCCCGUGGCUAAGAAUAUAGCAAUGUUUACUCGGAUUCACCAACUUUGGAUCCUCUACCUUCCAUCCUUUUAUUACAGAAAUCAUCACCAACUCUCCUAUUCUUGGGAUUUUACGCCAAACGUAUCGUGCUGUGGCGUUUGUCCCCUGAUUUUCUUCUUCAACUCUCUUUCAUCCCUCACGCUUUCCCUUGUCCCAAAAAAACAAGAAACACGGCAACAACAAUCGAAGCAAGUAAAUGCAAGGAAAAGGAAGAAACGAGAUAAGAAUUAGUUAAGCUCAUGCAAUCAAAAUCAAAACCCGUUUCCAAUAUCGACGCCCGUGUUGAUUGCUUAGGUAACAAAGCUUCCACGUUGUAGCAAGCAAUGGUAAUGGGCACGCACAUAGCUAGGCUUGUGCGCAUGCCAAAUCCAUCGUUGUUCCUUGCACUUACUGUUCUUUUAUCAUCAUCGUUAGUGGUGGUCCACUCGGCCGGUGACCCGAAGGAGAUUGAGCCCCUCUUGACGUUUCGGGACUCGUUUACGGACCCAUCGGCUCUUUCCAAUUGGAAUGCUUCGAUUAAUCCAUGUACAGGAGAGGCAGCAAAUUGGAUUGGCGUUCUCUGCAGCGAAAACGGUAAAGUUCUGGGUUUGCAACUUGAGAACAUGGGUCUAUCAGGGGUGGUGAAUAUUGAAAUUCUUGAUCCAUUGGAGGACUUGCGCACUAUAAGUCUUAUGAACAAUAAUUUUGAAGGCAAAAUACCUGAGAUGAAGAAGCUGAGCAGAUUGCAGGCUUUGUUUUUAUCGAAUAAUCAUUUUUCUGGGGAGAUUCCUGAUGAUACAUUUGAAGGGAUGAAAUCGUUGAGGAAAGUGUUUUUGGCAAAUAAUAUUUUUAGUGGCAAAAUCCCUUCCUCGCUAACUAAAUUGCCUAAGCUAGCAAUUCUGAAAUUGGAGGGGAACGGAUUUAGUGGCCCGGUGCCUGAAUUCACCGGGAACGAAUUGAAGAUGGUGAACUUGGCUAACAAUCAACUUGAGGGUCCUAUCCCAAAAAGCUUAAGCAAAAUGGCUGACCACUUUUUCUCAGGGAACAAAAAUCUAUGCGGGCCACCUCUCAAAGAAUGCGCUAAUCUCAGCCCUCCGCCUCCCGGUUCUCCGCCAACCUUCCCACCGACCCCUCUGACACCCAUAAUUAAAAAGUCAUCAACUUGUCUACAGAUUGCCCUCAUUGUGGUAUCUGUAGCUUUAGUACUGGUUAUUUUAUUAUUCCUUUUCUUUCUCCUGCGGCGGAGAAGGGAAUACAAAACAUGGGAGGAGGAAGCAUUCGUUGUUGAGUCAUAUAAGCCGCCGCCAUCACCUUCCGUCGAAGUGGAAAAGAAAGCCCCACAACCAACUCCAGCUCCCCACGUGAAAAGGACUGAAUUGAUAUUCUUGAAAGAUGAUGUCCAAAGGUUCGACUUGCAAGAUCUAUUGAAAGCCUCGGCUGAGAUUCUGGGUAGUGGGAAUUUCGGAGCUUCGUACAAGGCCAUGAUAGGGAAAGGUGAAGUGGUGGUGGUGAAGAACUAUAAGCAAAUGAAUAACUUGGGGAAGGAAGAAUUUAACGAGCAUAUGAGACGAUUAGGAAGGUUGAACCAUCAGAACUUGCACCCUUUAUUGGCUUAUUACUAUAGGAAAGAGGAAAAACUAUUGGUUACCAGCUUCAUGGUUGAUGGUAGCCUGGCUAGUCACCUUCACGCCAACCGUUCCCGUGAUAAUCCGGGUCUUGAUUGGUCGACUCGGUUGAAUAUCAUAAAAGGAGUUAUCAAGGGGUUGAAUUAUCUCUACAACCAGCUGCCAACCAUAGUUGUUCCCCAUGGGCAUUUGAAAUCUUCCAACGUGCUUUUGGGCAAGAACUUUGAGCCUCUCUUGUGCGACUAUGCAUUGAGGUCAUUGAUAAACCAGGACCAAGCUCACAAGAUGAUGACGGCUUACAAAUCACCGGAGUACGCAAAGACCGGUCACAUAAGUAGGAAAACCGACGUGUGGUGCCUAGGCAUACUCAUCCUGGAGAUCUUAACAGGUAGGUUUCCAGAGAACUACCUAACAACCAGUUACGAUCGCAACAUGAAUUUAGCCACUUGGGUGAAUAAGAUGGUUAAGGAUAAGAAGAUCAGUGACGUGUUCGACACGGAAAUGAAAGGAGCUAAGAACUGCAAAGGCGAAAUGAUAAACGUGUUGAAUAUCGGCCUAAGUUGUUGCAAUGAGGAUUCGGAGGCAAGACCCGAGCUGAAGGAAGUACUGAAAGAGAUUGAAGGGUUAAAAGGGGGAGACGACGAUGACGACGAUUCGUCUUCAACCAUAGGUGAAGUGAACGUGAGUAUAUCCCGGGGUCAUAAACAUAGUAAAAUGAAAGGUGAUCCUUCGUCCUUCGAUCGUUGACCUAUACAGAUUCAAGGGGGUGAAAAAGAUGCGAAUGUAAGGAAACCAAAUGCUCCGGCUAUGUCUUUUCAUGAAGAACAACAACAACAAGGGUGUGUUAAGCUUUUCUCUCCACAUGUAAAAUGAAAAGCAUGGUUGGGCCGUAAUUCGGAGCUGGUUUAUACAUUUUCUAAGCCGGUGAAGGAAAUACAGAACAAAAAAGCAAAUAUUUGAUACAUUUCUCUUUGAAAUUAAAAGGACACAAAUGCAAAUAUUUGUUGCUAGUUUUUUAUUUUUUUUUCAUUUGUUAUAUUAGUGAUUCUAAUUUUUUUUAACAUAAAUUAAAGGCAGGCCUACGUGGCCAACGCAUGUAUUUACUUUAUUUUUGUACUUGGAUUACAUCAAAUCUUA